AUGGGUGCUAAAUCGGGCACUGCCCUCAAGUUCCUGCAAUGGUUCAUUCGAGGCAUUCAAUUCGCUUGCGCCGCUCUCAUCCUCGCCAUCUACUCCUACUUCCUAGCAACUCUCCAUAACCACGACCUCUCAAUCAGCAACAAAAUCCGGGCUGUGGAGGGCAUCUCUGGAAUCGCUGUUCUCUACACUGCCGCUGCUCUGCUCCUCCUCUGCUGCCUUGCCGGCCGCACCCUCUCAUCUUUGCUGGCUAUCAUCUUGGAUAUCGCCUUUAUCGGUGCUUUCAUCUACGUUGCUGUCGCCAACAAGGGUGGUGCCAGCAGCUGCACUGGAUAUCUCGAUACCCCCUUUGGACGUGGAAAAGCUGGUAAUACCGCCGAAGGAAGCGAUGGGUUCACUGCUCUGCCUAGUUACCGUACUGCCUGCAAGCUCCAGUCUGCCUGUCUAGCUGUCUCCAUUGUUGCUAUUAUCUUCUUCAUUUUGUCUAUUCUUGUCGAAGUUGCACUUGCCCGUCACCAUCGGAAGGAAAAGCGCUUUGGCCCUGGUCCCACCAAUGACUACACCUCCGGAUAUGGUGCCAAGGGAGGUUUCUUCAGCCGCAUCUUCCGUCGCCGCAAGAACACUGCUGCUGGAAACGACGAUGCUCUCCCCGAGCAUGCUCACCCUGACCAGCUCGACACCUACCGCCAGAGCCAUGCUACCGAUCGCACUGCUGUCAACAACUUCCCUGAUGACAACGCCUACAACAAGUAUGAAAACAACCCCCUUGGCUACCAGGAGCCAAACCACGGACGCCAAGACGGCUAUGGCCAGAUUCACUACCCCGAGCCCCAGUAUGGCGUCACUCAACCACCUGUUCGUCAGGCUGAGAACCCAAACUACCGCUACGAUGAUGGUGUCUACGAUCGCACCUAG